AUAAAGGGAAGGGCACUAAUGCAUGUGUUCUAGUUUGUGAUCAUAUACGUAUUAAUAACUGCUGUUGCGAUUAAUGGGAGCACCACAGAAAAUUUUUUAAAGUUGUUACUAAAGGUAAUCCUAUGAGAGGACUGAAAGGGAGAGAGUCAGCCACCGUUAUUUGUGAUCUGUGACGAAAAGGAAAACGUGUCUAUCGAUUCUGCCUUUUUGUGAUAUUUCUAUGGUAAUAUCUUUGAGUACAAAAAUCUAUCCAAUAGACUGCAACACUUCUUUUUGGUCGUGUUUCACAAAAAUUUUUCAUAGAAUGUUAUAGAAAAUUAGGCUCACAAGGAGAGGUACCGAUGAGACUAGUAAAAGCCUAAAAAGGUUCAUGCCCAUGAAUCUCUGGCACCGACUUAUGACUAUUUUACUGAAUUUUCGAUCCAUUUUUAGUUAUCUACCGAAAAAUCAAAAACAAACAGUGAAUUUCGAUUUAAAAUUUUGUCUAUAGAUAGGUUUAAUGAUUCUUGCAAUAUCCUGAAGUUUUGAUGGAAAAUAACUUUGCUUUGUCUAAAUGUUGAAUUUUCGAGUAGACUCGAUUUUUGUGUGACAUAUUUGUAGCAAGCGACUAUUUUUUUUUUGGAAAUUCAAUAGCUCGACUAAAGAAUAUUCUUUUCGGUUGAAACCUUCAGGAUAUUAUAAGAGUUAUUAGGCCUAUCUAUUUAGAGGCAAAAUUUUAGAUUGAAAUUCUGUUUUUUUUAAAUUUUCUAAUGAAUACUUAAAAAUGGCUUAAAAAUUCAGUAAAAUGGUCAUAAGUCAACACCAAAGAUCCAUGAGCACUAACUAUUUUAGGCUUUUACUAAUCUCACCGACAUCUGAUUGUGAGUCCAAUAUAAACUCAAACGAUGGAUGCCAGUUUAGGUGGUUUCCUUGUAAGACUUUUCUCAGCAAGAUAUGCAAUCUGAAAAGGUAUCCUACUGAUAACUGACACAGUACAUUCACUAGAGAAAUAUUUUGAUUAUGUUUUUUAGUUCAUACUGAUUCAAUGUUAAUCGAUUUACGAAGUCAUCAAAAUGCUCGAUUAGAAAAUGGUAUUCAUAUUCGAAUUCAAAAUUUACAGUCAAUAUAUAAUACUUUACAAACGACAUAUGAUAUGUGGAUACAAAAUCUAAAAAAAUAUCGUGAAGAAUGUUCAUUAUUAAAAUUAUAUUCUAAUCGUGAAAUAAUGGUUUUAAUUAUUUUACUUCGAAAAUCGAUUAUAUCAAAUUCCAUUCGAAAUCAUUUUUUAAAAAAUUUAUUUUCAUUUAAUGAUUUAAAUAAUGAAAAUGAAGAAGAAGAAGAAGAAGAAGAAAAAUUAACUAUUCAUUGUCUUGAACAUUAUCUUCGUUCAUUAAGAAUUUUACAAAUAAAUUUAACAAGAAAUCAACUUAUUGAACUUUAUCAAAAACAUCGUAUUGAAAUUAGAUUAAAUACAGAUAUGUAUUUAAAAAAAUUAUCAGAAUUUCUUCGAGAUUUAUUUAAAUAUGAUGAAAAAAUAUUUCAACAGACACAAAUUCAUAAUGAAAAUCAACAAUUUCUUGUUAAUAUCAAUCGUUCUUCAUCGAUUACAAAUCAAUUAUCUUUUACACAUGAUUUUGAUCUUGAUACUUAUUGUAUUCUGUUAAAUAUUUUUGAAAAUCAAUUACCAUCUUCUUAUCAAAUUCUUUGGUGUUCAAAUACAACAGAUGAAGAUAUUCAUUUAUUUUUUUCUCGUAUACGAACAUUUUCUUCUCUUACAUUUGUUAUUAUGGAUAUUGAUAAAAUGCAUUAUCGUCUACGAGAAUUACUUUUACAUGAACAAGAUUUAUUAACACGUGAACAAAAUAAACAUGGACGAGUAUUUUAUUUUUCACAUGAAUUAAUAACAAAUCGAAAAGGUCUACGAGAAUUUCACAUACCAGCGAAAUAUAAAAAUCCAAAUCAAACUUAUCAAUAUUUAAUAAAUCUAUUUAAAGAACAUCAUAUUAUACCAUUACAAAUUCAAAUUAUCUAUGGUAAAGCAGGUAUUGGUAAAACUCAUCGUAUCAAUAAAGAAUAUAAGACUGAUCAUACAUUAUGUUUUAGUAUUAAUGAUAAAUUAAAUCUUUCAUUAUUAAUUAGUUCAUUUCUUUUAUUUGAUUCAAAUAUGAUUAAUAAUAAUAAUCCAUCGAUUUUUUUCAAUAUAUCUAUUCAUGCACCAUUUGAAACAUUAAAUCGAAUAUUAUUUUCACUUUUUAUUUAUGGAUGUUUAAAUGAUCCAAUUAGUGGUCUAAUCUUUUCUUUAUCAAAUAUUCAAACAUGGAAAUUUAUUAUUGAAAUUCCUUAUUCAGAUGUGUCUGGUGUUGAUAUUCAAGAAAAUUUCAAUCAAAUUUUACCUAUUCUUUCUAUUAUUUCACCAUUAACAUUAGAAGAAGUUACUAAUGAAAAUUAUCAAUUAUCAAUUGAUAAAGAAGAAGAACUUGUAGCAAGAUUUUUAAAAGCAUUUGAAAAUGGAACUAUUGAUCGUAUGAUAACAAUAACAAAAACUGGUCGUGAAAUACCUGUUAGUUUUGAACCAAUAACUAAUAUUAAUGAAUGUCGAACAUAUAUUUAUAAUUGUAUUCAAAAAUAUGCUCCAGAAUUACCAAAAAAUAAAAUCUAUGAAGUUUCAUUUACUAAAUUUUUAUAUCGUCGUAUACAUUUUUUUCAAGGAUAUUAUUAUUGUUGGAAUGAUAAUAUUGAACAUUUAGGUAGUAUUACUAUACAACAAAUGAUUAAUGAAGCAAAAUUUUUAACACAAAUUAAUUUUCAAAAUAAUGAUUAUCCUCGUAUUUAUCUUAUUUAUGAUCCAGGAUUUUCUUUACAUUUAUUACAUGCUGAUUGGAAUUAUGUUUCAAAUGAAUUAAAAAGUUUUUUUAAUAAUCAUGAUCCAUUUAAAGAUAUUGAAUAUCAAAAUAAAGAUUAUUUUGUUGAAUGUUUAUCAUGGUUAAUUAAUAUUAAAUAUGAAAUAUUUAUGAAAAUUAUUUAUGAAACAAAAUUUAUUUUAACAGAAAAUUUUGCUUAUAAACUUUUUCAUAUACAUGAAAGAAAAUUAACUAAAUUAGCAUUAAUUAUUGAAGGUGAUACUGGUUUAGGUAAAACAUUUCUAUUAAAAUUCUAUUCAUUAUUAUUAAAUUCAAAAAAUACACAUGAUUCUCUUCAAGGAAAUAUUAUUCCAACAAUUAUAGAAAAUUCUAGUCAAUUUCUUCUAAAUAUUAUUGAAACAAUUGUAGAACAACAAGCAAAUAUUUUGAGUAUAUUUCUUCAACGAAUUAAAUCAAAAAUCUUAGAUUUAGAAAAUGAUGAUGAACUUCCAAAUCAAAGACCAAGACAAAUACCAGUUCUACUUACAGCAGAACAACAACAACAACAACAACAAAAUAAUGUACCAGUUGAUAGUGUUCUAUUAAAACAAGUUAAACUUUCGUUAAAAAAAUAUCAAUUAAAGAAGAAUACUUUAUAUUAUAUUUGGGAAACAAUUCUAGAUGUUUCAAGUGAAAAUCCUAUGGCUUCAACAACAACAUUAAUUCAAAAAUUACAUGACUAUAUUAUUAAUGAAUUAGCUAAUUAUCCAUUAAUUGAAAGUAGUUCUCGAUUGAAAAGUUUACUUCAAGAAAUUUCUUCACCUACGAUUGAAAUAUCGAUUGAAAUAUUUAAAGAAUAUUUAUUUCAUAGUCAAAUAAAACCAUUAUUUUAUCGUCUUCUUUUACAUCCUGGUAUAACUGAAGAGCAAUUAAUUGAAUUUAUGUCACCAAUUUGUUAA